UGCUAAUGACGAUUCCUCAAACGACUUUGGCGGUUCUUACGUCUCGAGAACACACCUUUCCACUUCUCAACCAUGCGUUCGACAGUCGUGCUCCGAAUGCCACUGCGCCAUUGCUUGAGUGCGUCCAGGUUUCGCCUCCCGUUCUGAGCCCCGAAAGUCCGACUUGUCAACAGACUCUCAUGGUACACACAUUUGGUUGGUCAUAUGGGAAACCUUUCCUGGGUACGUUCAGAGUUCCCUUCCUGGCAUACCAUGUCCUUUCCCUUCAAGAUGUAACAUCACUGGCCUUCGAACAACAGAGUAGAAGCCGCGCGAUUAUACACCACCUGCCUGCAAAUUUAAUCGUGUUACGUUCAACUUCACUGUCACCUCGGCCGGACGCCAAUACGACCGACUCGGAUUGAUGUUCUUCAACGACACCGAGAUUUUCCGUACAUCGACGGCUGAGCCUACACAGAACGGCAUUAUAUGGACGUAUAUCAAGGACAUGAGCAACUAUCUCGCUUUGUUCAAAGAACCACAGAGGAUAAUCUUCGACCUUGGCAACUUGGUCGAUGACACCUACACAGGCUCUUGGCAUACCACAUUGACUGCUACUUUCUUCGAAACUGAGGAUGAUAUCGAUGCUGCCGAUAUGAUUAUCCCUGUCUCCGCUAGGAAGUCUGCCGCGGACAGUCCAAGCGGGUUCGUUGUGCCUGAAUCGAAGGCAGUGAAUACCUUGAGAUUUCCCAGGAAUAUCAACAAAGCUAUCUUCACCAUAUCAGCAUGCGGCCAGGCUACCGAAGAAUUCUGGUGGAGCAACGUCCUUUCGUCGGAUACCAAGGUCUUUGGCAACGAAACAUCAUUGUAUGGCUAUUCUCCCUUUCGAGAAUUGCAACUCCUCAUCGACGGUUCGUUGGCUGGUGUUGCUUGGCCGUUCCCCGUUAUCUUUACCGGAGGUAUAGUGCCUGGCUUCUGGCGGCCCGUCGUCGGAAUAGAUGCAUUUGAUUUGCGAGAUGACGAAAUUGAUAUCACGCCGUUCGUCCCCCUUCUUGCCGAUGGCAACGAACAUAGUUUCGAAAUCCGUGUUGCGGGAAUCGACGAUGACGGCAAGGGUAAUGGAAACCUGACUACUGCUAUCGGCUCAAAUUGGGUGGUCACUGGCAAGGUAUUCGUCUGGCUUGACCGAGCUGGCACCAUCACAACGGGAACGUUACCAACAAUCUCUGCACCUGAACCGUACCUGGAUCUCUAUUCAUCCGCCCAAAAGUCGCGUACCGGUACAGUGGACGCAUUACUUUACGCGGUUAAGGUCGGUCGGAACCUUUCCAUCAGUUCCACGAUUGAGACUUCGUCGGGAACAGAACUCGCUACUUGGCAACAAAAUUUCGUCUACAGCAAUGAGGGCGAGUUUACAAACGGCGGCAACGAUCAGGAGACUCGGCAGUAUACAUCCGGCUUCGACGCAUCCUCGAACGGUUACUCGAAGACUUUCGACUAUCCGCUCUACGUGUUUUCCACCUACAAUGUCCAAGCCGGCGGAAACUUCACUAUCCAUGGCAAAUUGGCGCGAGGGAAGAAUGUGAAGAGGAUUGGUCAAUUGGCCUUUCCGUCUGAGCUGAAGACAUUCAGUCAGACUCCGCCAUAUGAGUCCUCGUUCAUCGGCACGUCUACCAGUGAUUUACAGAACGGCACAGCCAGCUACCUUGGGGCGCCCGCGCUCAAACGAUCAUUUGGCUCCGGAUCGACGGAACAAAGGUAUUUUCUAUACGGCGUGAGUGACUCGGCCACUGUGGUUCAGGAUGCAACCCCUGGUCUUGCCGCACAAGGUAUCACUGAGCUAUAUAGGCGCCACGUCUUAGCGGCGAAUGAUUCGAUCCUUCUAGAUGAGGAAACGUUGGCCGGAGCGGGGCUCAAGAUGCAGCAUAGCCAAUCCCUCAGUGGAGAUGACAAGCAGGUGUUUGCAGAGGUGGGGAUCAGGAAACUACUAGGACGUGGGCCGUUCUGAGUUGGCAUGGGUUGCAGCGGGUGAAGGAUCGCAUGUGCGGGCGAAGCAGCUUCACAGCAGCAGAUCCACGUCCUUGCCCUUUCGGGUCUCGAUUGGUCUUUCCUUUUCCCAACUUUCCUAUUCGCCUACCGUACGGUUCAACAAUUCUUGGAAACAAUCGUCUUUGCCUUUAACUUUCCUGGAACUGGCCGGUCUCGCAAUCAUCAUCUUACACUUCAGCUUUUCCGGUGCCACAGAGCUUAUAUGCCGGCAGUUAUCGCAGGAGCGCAAGGGCACUAUCCACCUCUCGUAUUUACUGCUUGCUUUACCUACGCCAGAACGUCUGGAUGCUCCGCUGCCUGUGUAAUCCUUAUU